AAAAUCAGAGUUAGUUUCAGUGAAAAUCGGUUUCCGAAAACGAAUACACAAAUAUAAUGUCGGAGUUGUUGGAAAUGGUCAAUUAUCGAAAAGUUGAACUAGCACUUUCACUGCUCCUGCUUGGCGUGCUUGCUGGGACUACGGCAGAUGCACAAUCAGAUGUAACGGAUAAUAAAUUGGAUAAACAACAGUCCAUGGAGACGACCACACCGAUGGCGGAAGCAGCAAACGCGUCGGGAUUCGACUUUCAGGAUGUAGUGCGCAGCUGCAAUGCCAGUUUCACAAUACCGUUAGAAUAUAUACAACGAUUCAAUGAAACCGCAGAAUUGCCGAACACAACCGACAAAACGGGCAUGUGCUUCUUAAAAUGCUACAUGGAGAAGACGGGCCUUUUGCGAAAUUGGCAACUGAAUUCAACACUGAUCAGACAAACUAUGUGGCCAGCAACUGGAGACUCGAUACCCGUCUGCCAGAAUGAAGGAUCACGUGAGACUUGUCCUUGCAAACGCACCUAUGCUAUCGCUAAGUGCCUGAUGUUGCGUGCUCUCGUGGAUGCCCGCAAUAAGCCGAUCGUUUGACGACAUUCUGGCGGCUUCACGAGCAACGAUCAACCGUAAAUGGUCGCAAAUCUACUUGGCACUAGAAACUUUAUUGUUGUUUGUGCACUUCAACUCAAAACGAAUAUUCAACUGAAGGCCAUAGUAUUUGCUCUAAUUAAAUUGAUUUAAUUGCUAUAGUUUAAAAAUAAAUUAUAUAAAAUAGUUAAAUUGUUCGACCUACACCAUAUUAUAUAAAUACAUAUAUUUAGAAACGCUUGAAUUGCUUUGCUAGCGCACUAAUAUACAUAUGUACUUAACCGAUGAUCCGAUGAUCGCAAGCUUCAUUGCUUACUUGUGGAACUUUAGUAGUUUAAACAGAAAAAUUGUGUCGGGAAUGGAAUUAGAUACAGAUUAUGUAAUCCUGGAGGGUAUAUAUCGGUAGCUGCUGUUGAAACAAGUAAUACCAUAGAAUACUAAUAGAAGUAAAAUGCUUUCUAGUUAAAUAAAUGCAUCGACACAAAAUA